UGAAGGCGAGAAAAAAAAUUCAUCCAAAGAUGUGGUCAUGUCAUCCCCUAGCCGACCUUGCACGACCCUCCUCGGACGGCAUCAACCCAACCAAGGCCGGAGCAUCAACCAAAAAGCGGCAGUGCCUGGGGUCAAUGGGUGAGGCAAGACGAUGCAGGCAUGGGAGGAGAUUGGGUGGAUGGAGGCACGAGAGAAACGAUGGCAGAGCGCAUCGCUGUGUCGGCUGGAGUCGGAUCCGGGCACCAGAUGGCAAGGUAGUCAGUCUGGCGCAAGAAUGCGGCAUAAGCAACCAGCGUCGUCAGCUGUGCACUAGAGGCCAUGCGACCCAUCAGAUUGGAUGCGGAAUGCUGGAACGACCGUUAUGGCCCGCACUAUGACAUAUCGUGGGACCCUAGCCUAUACCUACUUAGCAAGGCUGGUGUCGAGGAAAAUGGAGGAAAAGAGGCAUGGAUCGCCUCAUGGGGCAAAUAGACAGACGGCAAAAGUGUAUAAAAAAAGAAAUGAAGCAGCAGAGAGUAGGCAAGCAAGGAUAUGCAGGAUGC